AUGUAUCUCACAGCCACACGACCUGACUUGAUGUUUGUGGUAAGUCUUAUUAGUCAUUUUAUGGCAAAUCCUACUGAGUUGCACUUUGCUAUUGCAAAAAGAAUCAUGAGGUACUUGAAGGGAACUCUAGAAUUUGGGAUAUGGUAUCAACGUGAAGGGAAGAGUGAACUCUUAGGCUACAUCGAUAGUAACUAUGCGGGAGAUAUGGAUGACAGUAGAAGCACUUUAGGCUAUGUUUUCUUAAUGAGUGGAGGAGCUGUGGCAUGGUCCUCAAGGAAGCAACCAAUCGUCACGUUGUCAACUACUGAAGCAGAGUAUGUAGCAGUAGCUACAUGUGCCUGUCAAGCCAUUUGGAUGAAAAGGAUAUCGAAAGAAAUCGGGCAUGAACAAGAUGAAGAGAUGAUUAUGUUUUGUGACAACACGUCCACUAUCAAGUUAUAA